UCCGGCUCCGGUGCCGCCAUUUUGCCGUGAGACAGCACCGAGUUCGGCUGCCGGGAUGUUGUCCACCGCUGGUUACGCGGACUCCAGGCCCGAGAUGGGCUACGAGCUCGGCGCGCCCAUGCAGCACCGCUUCUCGCCCUACACCUUCAACGGCGGGACUGUGUUGGCGAUUGCUGGAGAAGACUUCUGUAUCGUUGCCUCUGACACACGACUGAGUGAAGGUUAUGCAAUUCACUGCCGGGACAGUCCAAAAUGCUACAAACUAACAGAACAAACGGUCAUUGGAUGCAGUGGUUUCCAUGGUGACUGCCUUACUCUUACUAAAAUCAUUGAAGCCAGAUUAAAGAUGUACAAGCAUUCCAAUAACAAGACCAUGACUACUGGGGCUAUUGCAGCAAUGCUGUCUACAAUUCUGUAUUCUCGACGUUUCUUUCCGUACUACGUUUACAACAUAAUUGGUGGACUUGAUGAAGAAGGGAAGGGAGCGGUAUAUAGCUUUGAUCCAGUGGGCUCAUACCAGAGAGAUUCUUUCAAAGCAGGUGGAUCAGCGAGUGCCAUGCUGCAGCCCUUGCUUGAUAACCAGAUUGGGUUCAAGAACAUGCAAAACGUGGAACAUGUACCUCUGACCCUGGAGAAGGCUUUGCAGCUGGUUAAAGAUGUCUUUAUUUCUGCUGCUGAAAGAGAUGUGUACACUGGGGAUGCACUUAAGAUUUGCAUUGUCACAAAAGAUGGAAUUAAAGAGGAAAGUGUCCAGUUACGAAAAGACUAAUUCAGUUCACCGAUAAACACGUAAUCUAUGAUGUACAAUGUACCUGUAUUAUGAAGACAUUUGUCUUAUUAAAUUUUUUCAAGAAGUUC